AUGGAAGAUCUUAUAACAGAAAUCCCCCCACCAUCUAGAUUCUUUCAGGAAGAUCUUAACAACUUUAUACCUCCAUCACCAUCUCUUGCGUCGCCAUUCCUUGUGUUUUCUAUUCCUAAGCCUGAAAAGCCCCUUCGCCCAUCUCUCCUCAUUGUUGCAUUAUCUUCACCAUCUUUGUACAUCUUCCACCAUUUGUCACCUAAGACAUUAGUUGGAAGUCUUAUCCUACCUGAGGUCCCUUUCUCCGGCCUCUCUGUCGAACCCUCUUUCAGAGACAAAACUUGCAACAUUUAUUCCCUGAAUAAUGGGGAUAAAUCUACUCUGCUUGUAUCAGUUCAACAUGGUGUUUCUGCAGAGAGAUCUCACCUUGUUGCGAGGCUGCUAAUUGGCGGGGACAUUGUUCCUGACAGACUUUUGAUUUUGGAUUCAAUUCAGAGCCAGAACUUCAGGGGAAAGCUCUCACCGGAUGAAACUUAUGCGUUUAAGCUGGAGACGCUAGCCGAAAGAAAAGGAUUGGGUGGUAGCAAUGUAGCUUCUUCCCUUCUAAAGGGUUUAGACUAUUUUCCAUCAGGUAGUAUGAUUGAUGGCUUGGCUGCUGCUCUGUUAAGUCGAUGCCAAUUAAAGAACAUAAAGGGAACACUGUGUGUUUCAUGGCCUGAAUUCAGUAGUUCUGUGGUGGCUCUGAUUAGAUCGCUAUUGCAAAGGAAUGUGCUGCCUAGCUUGGACUUGAGCUUUGCGCGAGAAAUGCAGGAUCAAUACGCAAGGUUCAAUCUAAUUAAGCAUCAGCCUUAUGAUACUGAAAUGUAUACAUAGUGAACAAGGUUUUUGAUUCACACACCAAAAAAACAAAAUUAUAGCUUUAUGAAACUUUAUGUUUUAGUUUUGAAAGAGCUGUAUGAGAGUGAUUUGUCAUAUCUGUUAAGUUGAAUUUAUAAAAAGCUUUUGAACUUGUUUUGAAA